GUGUUAAUCAUCAUCAUCAUCUGUUCACUUUUGCUCUUUGUUUUUUGUUUGGUUUCCUCAAGCCGGAAUAAAUAAUCUGAUCGGAGCUCCGGUUUAAAGGGAAAUGGAUAGUCACGAUGGAUGUGGGUACGGGUCGGGUCAGAGAACUUACGGCGUUGAUCGGAGGAAGGAAAUCGUGAGUGGUAAGAGAAAUCAGAUCUACGGGACUCGGGAUUAUCCUCCGUCACUGCCGCCUCCGCCGGGAAAAGUAGCGGCGGGAAGGAGCAACGCGUCGUCGUCUUUGCGAAUCGGAGGUUUAAGCGAUGCGGAGAUGAAGAGGAAGAAGAGAAUCGCGAGGUAUAAAGCUUAUACAGUUGAAGGUAAAGUUAAAUCGACUUUGAAGAAUGGAUUCCGAUGGAUUAAAAACAAAUGCUGUCAGAUUGUCCAUCGUUUCUGACUUCUGAGUUAGAAACAGCAGUCUCGGUGCAUGUCCGGAUUAAAAACCAUUGAGAGACUUUUUUUGUUUUGGUUAUGUUUUCUUUGUAGUCCUACUUAAUUUACUUAUUUGAUUAGCUAUUGCCUAGUAGUAUAUCACAUUGCUUCCGUGUUACUUUUUUCAUAGACGAAACAGUAACGGAGAUGAUAUGUACUUUUAAAAAUGAGACAAAUGUUUUAUUUAUUGGAUGUCCUUUGUAUACCUCAAUGACCCAUUACAGACUUUUUAUGAACACGAGCCUAGCCCAUU